AUUCAAUCAGCUGUUCAAUCAUCUACUUACCAACAUGCCUUUCAUAUAUUUUCUUUUCAUAUAUCUCCAAGGUAUCCACAUUGUUUACAAGCUACAUAAAAAACAAACAGAUGCCCCCAGUUCAGCCAUUGUGACCAAAACGUCAUUGUUAUUAACAGAGAGAAAAUAAAUAUAUAAACAUGUAUUUAUUCCUGCUUGGAAUAGCUGAUUACCUGAAAUGCCUGAGUGACAGUGCCGUGCACCAAUGACUAACCGUGUCCCUCCUCAUCUCGCAGGCCUCUCGGGCACGUGGAGGUCCUCGGCCAGCGGGGUGCUGGAGGUGGACCCCAAGACCGGCGUGGCCGUGGCCAGAGACGUGGGCAGCGUGACGCUCUACUACGAGAUCCCCGGCCAGCUGAGCACAUACCGAGAGGUUGUAGUUGAUGGCGUCACCAAAACAUCCGUCAUGGUUCCUUCAGUGCCCGGGAAAAACGUCCGAGAGUCCAGAGUGCUCCUGACGACCAGAGACCGUGGCACCAACCUCAUAGGCUCCUGUUCGCCUGCUCAGACGGAGCGCAUCCCCGCUCUGCAUCCGGAGUCUUCCGUGCGCUGCCUGCUCUCCUUCACCAGCGAGGCCAUCGGCUUCUCCGCCCACAGCGUGUUCCACACCGAGACUGGCUUCGACACUGGCACAGGUUUCUACAGCUGUGCGCUGACUCUGCAGCCGGUCACCGACCAGCAGAUCAAGGUGCUGAGCAUGUCCAUGACCAACCUGCUGGUCAAGGCCGGUGUGGAGGGCAGCCACUUCUCCGGCGAGCAGGUCGGGGCCCUGCUGCCCGUCAACCCUGGUCUCUAUGCCGACCAGAACGAGGUGAUCCUCAGCAACCAGCACACCUCGGCUGACGUCACGGUGUAUGGAGCACCUGGUUCCCUAGGAAGCUUGGAGGUGACCUCCAGUUCCCCCACACUAGUGGUCAGUGAAAAGGAGGUUUCGCUGGCCUACCCGAGCUUUGCCAAAUACACCGUCACCGCGUUGAAGCCGCAAGGAGCCGCCUCGGCCAGCAUCUCCAUUAAGAGUCCCUCAAGCGACCAGGUCCUCACCGUCCCAGUCACCAUCAUACACGUGACGGAGCCCAGUGCACAGCUGAGAGUCGAUGCGGCUCUUGGCUCUGAAGAACCCAGCAUCCUGCAGCACUUCAUUGAGUCCUACCAGGUGAUCUUCUUCACCGUCUUCCUGCUGCUGGCGGUCACGGCCAUCGUCAUUAUUGUGUGCCAUGCUCUCUUCUCCCCGAGGGAUCACACUCCACACCCAGCCUUCAUCCAGAGCUCCCCUCUUUCAACAGUUCCAUCCACUCCAGCCUCGAGUCCCUUCAAGAAUCACAGUCCUCCAGCAACCAACAGCAGCCCGCGGUUACGACUCUACUCCCCCGAUUACAACUCCCGCUAGCGCCGCUGACACCGGUGACCCCGCCGUCAGACCCCGCAGUCAGACCCCGGACACAUCAGAGAGUGGAGCGAGAAGUGCCUUACUCACUCCGAUGACUGUUACAGGGCAGCUUGCUUUGUUCUGUUUGGAUCGCAGAUGUAUGCAUAAUCACAAACAGAGAGCUUAAUAUAUAUAUAUAUAUAUGUGUGUGUGUGUGUGUGUGUGUGUGUCUAUUAGAGAGAAAGCGAGUAAAUGAUGGAGUGUGUAAUGCAUGUGCAUGUAUAGUGUUUUGUGUUCGUGUUUUUUUUUUUUGUGUGCUGAUGUGUACAUUUAUGUAUGAAACAUGGCAUCUAAUGAAGUAUGCCUGUGUUUCAGUUGUGUUUUUAAUUUGUGGAAUUUGUUUUAAUAUUUUUGCUACAUUCGCUUUUAUUUAUACAACUUUUUUGUUUGUUUUCUUGCUUUGCACUAUUUGCGGCUUUGGAUUAUUUUCUCAUGGCCCUUCCACAUAGAUGAAUGAUGAUGUGACAUAGUUUGAAAUUGUUGUGAAACUCAGGACAAACUGACAAACGGGGCACAGCUUGUUUGCAGAUCCAAACCCAUAUCGCUGUAUCUGUGCCCGACAUGGUGUAGCAUUGCCAAGAUUAUGACCACUGGAUCCGUCCCAUCAAUCGCACAAGACAACUUCAAAAGUCUCCACAAGUGAAGAUGAAGAGGCCAGUUGACAUUUUUUUCUUUUCUCAAUCGUGGUUUUCUAAUUACUCCUAGUUGGUAUUGCAAGCCUCCAGUGACUUCCUUCCAAGGCAUCUAGAAGGAGCCAUGAAGACUCCACUCACACCUCAUUAGUAAUGUGAAACACGUGAAAUGAUGUGAGACUUCAGCUAUUAGUUUCAGUUUCAGUUUCAUGCAGUCAGUCAGUUCCAGCUGACGACACCUGUGAAUAUGACGGUACCUGUGAAAUGAGGGCGUGUGCUUUUGCAUGUCCGGCCUUAUGGGUUCAAAUCGGGUUCUUUUGAGGCAUUUCAUGAGGCCUUGCGAGACUGCAGCAUCAUUGCAGAAAGCAAUUAAUCAUGACUUCUGUGGUGCAUUUAUGAAAAUGUUAAAGCUCUGAGUUUGUUUUGUAUUAUUAUUUUUUUUGUUAAUUUGCUAGUUGAGGUCAACUAGAGGGCACUGAGAUUUGUAUUGAGCGGUGGGCUGUUAUGGACAGACAACACGGACACAUAAAAGCACAUAAACUUGUGUGAAGAAAAAAUGUAAUUCUUGAAAGGAUUUUUUGUGAGCUCUUAAAAUUUGGAGUUCCACACUGGGAACAUCUAGUUUUUGUUUGAGUUGAGGGUGGUUAAUCUGUGUUUAUAUUUUCCACUCAGGUCCUUGGUUUCAGUUGAAGUCAUGGUCUUCAUCUGUCAUAUAAAACUGUUGCCUUUCACCAUGAAGUUUGUUGUUUAAGAAACAAAUGAUGUGAAAUUCUUUAUUUCAUGUACAGUACUUUCUGCCUGGCUUUGUAUGUUUUGUUAAAUAAAUAAUAAAUGCUGAUCUUAA